AUGCCGGCCCUACCCAAGAUGAUGUGGUCGUGGGCCAUCCACCAAAACGGCACGCCCCGUGAGGCCCUAACAUUGUCGCAAGUCCCAGUACCAGCAACGCCGCCUGCGGGUACCAAUCUCUUGAUACGCGUAACACAUGCUGCUGUAAACCCAGCCGACAUAUCGCUGUUCACGGCAUGGAUACCGUUCCGUGGCCGCCCGGGUUUUGACUUCAUUGGCACAGUGGUGGGCGUUGGCCCCAAGGUGCCCGUGCAGAUCAAGCGACUGAUGUCAGGCAUGGAAGUUGUAGGGGCAUUAGGCCUUAGCCAGAUCCUCUGGGGUGCCGGUACUUUGGCCGAAUAUGUGCAGAUCCCUGCCGAAUUGGUGGCCCUGAAGCCACCGAACCUCACGACAGAGCAGGCGCUGGGCUGCGGAAUCGCGGGUCAGACGGCCGUAAUGGUAAUGCGCGAAGCUGCAGUGGAAGUUGGUUGGAGGGUCCUCGUGAACGGGGCUAGCGGUGGUGUUGGAACAAUCCUAAUCCAGAUACUCAAGGCCAGGGGCGCGCUUGUCGUAGGGGUCUGCUCCCGAAGAAACGAAGACAUUGUCAAGAGAUUAGGAGCUGACGAGGUUAUCGACUAUACAACGCACGAGGAUCUACAUGCAUACUUGACAGAGAAAUAUGCAGGAGAUCAGCUGGAUCUGAUUAUCGACUGCGUUGGCGAUGAUGUAUUGUUCACGAAAUCACCCGCAUAUCUCCAGCCUAAGGGCAAGUUCAUUGAGAUCGUCGGUGGAAGGACACAAGGCAUAUUGCCGUUCAUAAUGAACCAACUCAGACCAGUCAUUCUCGGCGGCACGCCACGCAAUUACAAGAUACUCGGACUUGCGCCUUCGGGGAAAUAUGCGCAUGAGUUGGCCCAGUGGAUUGAGGAUGGAAUGGUCAAGGAGGUUCUGAUUGAUUCUGAAUAUGACAUGAAAGACGUGAUCCAGGCGUAUGAGAAGUUGAUGACAAGAAGAGCGAGAGGGAAGAUAGUAGUGAAGAUUCAGGAUUGA